UCCAGUCUUUCUCCCUCUGCGCAGCACAGAAGAAGAAAAGUCUCGUUGCUGUUCCUGGCCGCACGGCCGUUGCAGACCGUCAAUUCACAAGAAUUUGAAUCAACCCAUCGGGGUAGCGCUGGUCGGUCCGCCGCAAGCCAUGCAGUACGUCAGAAACCUCAGCGAUUCGGUCUCCACGGCAUGGAACUCGAUCAACCCCGCUACCCUCAGUGGUGCCAUUGACGUGAUCGUCGUCGAACGAGAGGAUGGAACGCUGGCUUGCUCGCCUUUCCACGUGCGGUUCGGCAAGUUCUCGCUCCUGCGGCCGUCCGAAAAGAAAGUCGAGUUCAAGGUCAAUGGCGUCAAGCAGCCCUACUCGAUGAAGCUCGGCGAGGGCGGCGAGGCCUUCUUUGUGUUUGAAACAAGCGACACCAUUCCCAAGAGCUUGCAGACGUCACCGCUGGUGUCACCCGCUUCCAGCCCUCCUCUGAUCCCGCGCCAGCCAGGCCAGCCGCCGCUGCAGGAGCCCGAGUCGCUCGAUCUCAACGACCCCGUCGUGAAAGCCCGGUCUUCAAGCUUCCGCCGCCCACCCCCGACGACCCUGCACCCAAUCGGCCAAGAUGGGCUGCUCACGCCGAGGUCGACGUCGCCGGAGCUUUCACGGGGAACCACGUCCUCUCCCGACAGCUCGCCCCAGCGUCCUCACAGUGAAGAUAUUCUGCGGCGGACAGCGCGGAAACCGUCCAGCGACCUUGACUCGAGCGAAGGCGACAGUCCAAUCAUCUCGGAAAGGUCUCGCAGCCCCCCUCCCCUGGCGCCCGCCGAGGCCAUGUUGCGGGCUAUCAAUCUGUCCAAGGAACUGUCCGCCGUCAACAUCCCGACCCAUGUCACCGAGACUGGGGACUUGAUGCUGGAUAUGACGGGAUUCAAGAACAGCGAGGAGGAUGCCAUCAGGGCCGAGGUCCUCGCCCGGAAAGUGCUGUCGGAAGAGCUUGACGGCAACUACGACAUCGGAGCUCUCUUUGGCGUCGACGAGCGGGGGAACUUGUGGAUCUACAGCAGCGAGGAGGCAAAGGAUGCCGCCAUGAAGAAGGCGAUGGGGUCCUCGCUCCGAGGAUCGCCGGGCCUGGCCAUUGACGCCGUCUCCGACCCCGGCUACCAGAGCGACAGUAGUGAGGCCACCGCUUCUCCAAGCACGGCAAGCCACAGGAGGACCGAGUCGGACCUCGGUCAAAUGGCCCUGCAAAGCCCUCCCAGCUCGCCGGGCUCCCCGGCUGCUGGUGAUCCCAACCGGAACUAUGCUAAGACUCUACGAUUGACCAGCGACCAACUCAAGGCCCUCAACUUGAGACCGGGAGAAAACUCGAUGAGUUUCACAGUAAACAGGGCGACCUGCCAGGCGUAUAUGUACCUCUGGAGGCACGACACGCCUGUGGUUAUCUCGGACAUCGACGGGACCAUCACCAAAUCCGACGCCCUCGGCCACGUGUUGAACAUGAUUGGGCGAGACUGGACGCAUGCAGGCGUCGCAAAGCUGUACAGCGACAUCGUGGCCAAUGGCUACAACAUCAUGUACCUGACCAGCCGCUCGGUCGGACAGGCGGAUAGCACGAGGUCCUAUCUGGCAGGGAUCGUCCAAGACGGAUAUCGGCUUCCGCGAGGGCCGACGAUUCUGUCCCCCGACCGGACAAUGGCGGCACUGCGCCGCGAGAUCUACCUGCGCAAGCCCCACAUUUUCAAGAUGUCGACCUUGCGCGACCUCCGCAGCCUGUACGGGCCGGAUCGAAGGCCGUUCUACGCCGGCUUCGGCAACCGCUUCACCGACCAGAUCUCGUACCGGACGGUGGACGUGCCGCGCACCCGCAUCUUCACCAUCAACUCCAACGCCGAGGUGUCGCUGGACCUGUUGAGCCUCAACAAGUUGAAGCUCAGCUACGUCAACAUGACCGAAGUGGUAGACCACUACUUCCCGCCCGUCGGCACGCUCGUCAAGGGCGGCGACGAGGAGUUCACCGACUUCAAGUACUGGCGCGACACGCCGCUCGAGCUCGACGAGUUCUCGGCAAGCGAUUCCGAGGGUCACGACGGCGGGCAUGACGGCGAUGACCACGACAGCCAGUACGCCGAGGACGACGACGAAGAGGUUGGCGACGGCCUUGUGGAUAGCUACAUCUCGCGCGAUUCCGCGGACGACUACGGCGAGGGCAGCACGAUGGCCGAGAGCUAUGACGAGGAGCGGAUGAGGGGUUCGAUGACUGAGGACGAGGACGCCGAUGACGAAGACGGCGAGUUGGAGGCAGAGGACGAAGAAGAAGAAGAGGAGGAGGAGGAGGAGGACGAGGAAGACGACGGGGAAGACCGUCUGCCGACUCCCGUCAAGACCGUUUCGGGCGCCUCGAGGAAACCUACGCACGAUAUAGACGCGGAGCUGAUCACGGGGGUGAAGAACCUCAAGGUGGAACAGAAAUGAUAGACCGAUGGGAUGGCGUUGCGUAGAAGAAGGAGCAUUGAACACCGAGACGGGGACGGCGCAUAGUACAGGAUGGAUUUCCAGGGCGGCCAUAGACAGGAGAGGGAUCCAUGUCUGUGGGAGGAUGUUUGACCGCAUAUUGCAUAGCGCGGCGCAUGGCGGAUUCAUGGCUCCUUGUAUAGUUUAGAGGCGCAUCAGGUACCUGUUUUGUCGCAGUCCGAUCCACCGGGAAUAUGUGCUG